AUGGUCGAAGAGCUCAUGGCUUUCAAAGACAAGCUCGAUGUGUUUGUGGAAAAAUGUUUCGGCAACGAGGACGAAAGGAUGAAGUUCGCACAGGCCGAAAAGGAUGCCUUCGACUAUUUCAUCAACACGCGCGGCAACAAACCUGCAGAACUGAUUGCCAAAUACAUGGAUGCGAGAUUACGCAGCGCUAAUAAGGAAGCAUCUGAUGAACAAUUAGAUCAGCUUAUGAACAAAGUGAUAACGUUGUUCCGAUUCAUUCAAGGAAAAGAUGUAUUCGAAGUCUUUUACAAGAAAGAUCUUGCGAAACGGCUGCUUCUUGGCAGGAGUGCGUCCGUUGAUGCUGAAAAGAUCAUGCUUAGCAAAUUGAGACAAGAGUGCGGUGCUGGCUUUACCCAGAAGCUUGAGGGCAUGUUCAAGGAUAUGGAACUGUCGAAGGAUCUUGGUGUUGCCUUUAGAAAUUAUACUUUGCAUGAAAGUUCAUUGGGACGUCUUGGGGAGAUUGUUGAGUGUAAUGUCAAUGUUUUAACAAUGGGACAGUGGCCGGCUUAUGAGACCGUACAGGUCACUUUACCGAAGCAGCUGAAUGCGUGUCUGCAACUCUAUGAGAAAUUUUAUGAUUCGCGGCAUACGGGUCGCAAGCUCCAGUGGCAACCACGACUUGGGCAAUGCGUUCUCAAAGCGAAUUUCCGACCAGGAGUAAGAUUAAAUUGA